GACUCAACGGCUGCAGCUAUCCAAGCUGAUGAUGACCCGAUGUUUCUAGCAAACCCGACGCCUGCUAUCGAAAGAGUUCUGACUGGAAAUCGUGGUAAGCGUCUUCUACAACUAUUUAACGAUCCUAUCAAAGCCAUAGUGCAGCCCUUGCCAGCGCUUGCUUUGGCUGUGUGUCGUCUGAUUAUGGGUAAAGAUGUUGUACUAGAAGUUGGUGGGGGGGAGGAUGAGGAUGAUGUACAACCUGACAGGGAGAAGAAGAACAACUAUUACGAGUACGAGAAAAAGAGCCGAAAGCAACAAGACGUGGGAGCCCGAGAAAAAGAUCAUGACGCAGUGGUGCGCUUAUUAGACUGGGGCGCAAACGCUUUUGGUGACGACACAGACACUACAGUUAAUAGCACUACAGGCGUUACGAAAGUCACUUCAGGAGUCUCCGGUCCUCGCGGUCAGGUUUAUAGUUCUCUAAUGCGUCUGCUUAUGCUGGCGAGACAUGAAACGGCGGUACUAGAAGCGUUGCAGAUGGAAAUAGAAUUCGUCGCUCAUGGCUUACAAAUGUUACAAUGCCGUAGGCAGAUGCACCAGGGUGCUGAUGCUGACGAAAGGGAUGGCGAAUGCGGUGGUCACGAAAAUGAUGCUGACGAAAAUGACGCUGACAAACAUGACGCUGAGGAUGCUGUUGAGACAAGUGAUAUUGAGGCAUCCUCGACGGGGCGUGUUGAUGGAACUCCCGUUAUGAUCUGUAGUCCUGGUGAAGAUGGAGCUACUCGUGUUGAAAGAAGUCCUACCGAUGUUGGCACGGAUCUCUCAGAAAGAAGUGCUGCCGAUGAUGCUGAAGACAUCGAGAGGAAAUCAAGGCAGCUCCUUUUGGAUGGAACAGCUAGUAGUCCAGAAUGUUGUACACUCACGACUCGUGGCCCUACUCCAUAUGACGCAGCCAUCAAUGUAGUUGCUGAUGAUAUUGAGUGUCUAAAAAACAUGAGUGAGCAGAACAGGAUGAUAGCUUGGAGCUGCGUUGAGGCGUUGAGGACGCUGUUGGCCACGUUUAACCUCACUCCGACUCUGUUUAUUCCUCAGAGCAAAGACGGUGCUGACGGAGGAAAUUCUUCCAGUUCCUGCGAUGAAGGGGAUAAGGAUGAACCCCAAGAACCUUUUACUGUAGCGCUUGGGCACGAGGAGGUCCUGCUAGCCUACGCCAAGAACUACCCGGUUGCUCAAGGAAUUAUCGAAUACCUUCGCGGGGUAGGGAUUUCGAUCGAUCUCAACUUCGACGUCAAAGAGACACAGGAACCAGUAGCUAGAAAGAAAAUGGACUUAACAGAUCAUCAUCGAAAGCCUUCUUCUUGUUCUCUUGACGCAGGAUCUCAUUUUCUACCCGCCAGAAGUGAAUCGGAAGAUUGGCAGACGAAUUUGGUGUCCUGUUUUCUCAAUCACGCUCCCCUUCUAGAAACACUCUUCAAAAACGGCGUGCGCGUUCCGGUGCAACGGCCCGGACCACCACGUGUAUUCCCAGGGAUAAGAAGACGCCGAUCUUCUCGCGGUAUAAGCCGCGGUGCAGCAUCAUCUUCGAGAAAUCUUCUAGCUUCGAUAGCAGAGGACGAUCAGAACGUGCAUUGUUCAGUGACCACAAUGAACCUGCUAUGUCUAGUGACUCAUGCG